UCGCCGUCUAGCCGUGGCACCCGUCGGGUGACGUAGGUUGUUGGGUUGUGGAUUGACGUUGUAUGAAGUCCGCAGCAGUGUUAUCGGUGUCAGCUCGUUCGUUCGACUGUGAACUCCGCGACGGAAUCCCGUGAUAUAAAAAUACAAUUAUUUCACGCGCUUUCUUCUCGUCUUUUCCUUUCGUCUUCUUCUCGUCAGAACAACGUUAAAUGAUACUUCAGAUUUAAAGCCUUCUGGGAAGUGUUGAAGACUUACUAUGAUCCACAUAUAAAAAGCACUGCAUUCCUGACACUUCCUCUGUGUAUCUUCUGGUCCCUUAAGACAACUUGGCGAUAUCCAUAAACAACAUUAUGGAGACUACUAAGAACAAGCGUCGAGACCUACCCAAGGAACAGGCACUUCUAAAAGUCCCAUUAAAGAGGUUGAUGCGAGACAAAGCUGUACAAGGCACACCCAUAAAGAAACGUGUGAUGGCUGCUCUCAAUUUAUCCUGCAAAAAGAUCCCAAAAACCUCUCUUGGCUAUCAGGUCUCAAAGGCAACUAGCAAAAUGGAUGCCAAUCCGGACCUGAGCCCUGGUUUGAAGCACACUCUAGCGCAGUUCUCUCUGAGCAGCCAGUGUUCCCUCGGUGGCCCAGCUGCAUUCACAGGUCAACAUGGUCAGUAUAAGAUGGCGCCCCCUCUGGCUCAGGGAGGUAUGGCAGUGGGACCCGUACUAGUCCCUCCUGACAGCUCAACAGACCUUGGCCUCUGCCGUCUGGAGGGCGAAUCCAUCUCCUGCUUCUCUGUGGGAGGCGAACUGCGUCUUUGUUUGCCCCAGCUGCUUAACACCAUCCUGCGGGACUUUUCAUUGCAACAGAUCAACUCUGUGUGUGACCAGUUGUAUUUGUACUGUUCCCGCUGUGAUGCCACACAGUUACACAUCCUUAAAAUGCUGGGCAUCCUUCCUCCAGGGACUCCGUCCUGCGGCCUCAUCACACUGACCGAUUCCCAGCGUCUCUGCAACACACUGCUGCAUCCAGGCGAGGAGCCCUCUCGUGAUUCACACAAAGGGAAUGGUGACAGAGAGGAGGAAGAGAAAGAUGGUGAGGAAUCUGGAGGAUUUUGGGUGGAACACCAAUGUCUGGGCAAGUGUCAAGGCCUGUUUGUACCCCAGCUUUACUCCAGUCCAGAUGCGCACUGUAUCCGUUGUUCCCAAUGUCGGAUGCUCUUCUGCCCAGAGCGCUUUGUCAUGCACUCCCACCGAGAGCCAGACAAACGCACAUGUCACUGGGGCUUCGAUUCAGCCAAGUGGGCCUGCUAUCUGCAGCUGGCACAAAAACACCUGGGAACAGCGGAUGAAGAGAUGCUAAAGAAAUCUCUGGAGGAUAUGAAGAUGAAGUUCCAGGAAGAGAAGAGGCAGCCGCGUGUAGGAGUAUCUUCACCUGCAUUUGUGUUCGACUCACGUUUGCUUGCCAGUCUUAAGGAGGACCCUGGCCAAGCUGACUUGAUGUGGCAAAGCUGGUACCAGUACAUGCCUGACAAGUUGGAAGAUAAUGGCUUGGCACAACACCCUGAGUAUGUGCCUGGAAAGGAAAUGGGGUCUACAGGAAAAGAGAUGCUAGGUGAUACUCCGAAUGUGAAGAAUCAGGAAGAACACAACACCGACCCAAAGACGCCCACCUUUGCAGAGCAAGAAAAACAUGGCCAGUACGAAGAUGCCAGUCCAGAUGAAUUGCAGAAGGUAGAUACAGCAGCUUAUAAGCGGUCGGUUGGUGUGAAUGUGGAGCACAUUAAGGAUGGCAUGGUGAUGGAGCUCCUUCAGAUGUACAGUGCUCAACACAACAAACUUCAGUCAACACUACGCAGACAGAAACAGCUUGAAAAGGAGCUGCAGGCUCUGCGUCAAGGUGAAGCCACAGACCGCUGUGACCUACACGGGGAGCUGGAGGCGGUUCAGACUGAACACGCUCAGAGGCUCGGUGAAGUCCAGCAGGAACAGAGAAAGUUAAAGUCCCGACUCGAACAGCUGAGGCAGCAAGGCUGCAGAUGCAAAGAACUGGGUACUGAGCCGCACCAGGAAACCAUCUAUGCCAAACAGUUAUCAGAACUGCGUGAGAGGCUGGACCACGCUGAGGAAGACCGUGAGGAGCUGCAGGAAGAGCUACGCAGAGAGCGAGAAGCCAGAGAGAGACUGGAGCGCACCAUCUCUGAGCUCAAACAUCAGAUGAGGGACAGCAGCCACCCUGCUUCAGUGGACUGGGUGUCUUCAGUCUCCAGUGACACACACAUGUACCCGACAGCUUAGCGUGGUCUACGGUCACCGCAACCUGAUUUCUGUGAACAAGAUUCAUUUUGGAAUGGUGUGUCCAUUUUGGAAUUGGAUGCCAAAGUUGUUUUAAUUGCAGUCCUACGGAUGAAUUAUACAAUUUGGGUUUGGUUUGGGCUCAAUGCUGUGAAUUUGUUGAGUUUUGUUGACAUUUGAGUAAGGAUUUUUGUUGUUUUGAUACAACUUAAGUAGUUACAAUUAUUAUGCAAACCACUAACCCUGCAAGCGUACAAUCAACACCAUCCAUUUUGAUUUAAUGCUAGGACUACUAAUAUCAAAUAAUUUUUUUAUUCUUUUUUUAAGUAUUGGAAUUGUUAAAAAAUAUAUAACAACUGAUAUUUAUGAAUAAAAGUUAUGUAAAUAUAUUCUUAUGUCAAAUUAUACAUAUUUUACUUUCUUUUUUGCCAUAUUUUUGUUUAUAUUGUAUGCAGGUUACGCUCAUUAUGAAUGUACAAAAUAUAUGCAUGUGUACUUUCAUAAAAUAUGGAUAUAUAUACUAUGUUUACACUGUGGUAUGAAGUCAAUGAAAGAAAAUGUUUUCUAUGCCAUUUACAGUGAAUGUUCGCCUCUUUUAAUAACCACCAAUUUUAUUCUCCCAUUUUGAGAAAAAAAACUAAGAUAAUUAUAUAUUUUAAAAGUGAUGAUAAAUGUUAAAACGCUCAUUGCCUCAACUUUAAGUACAGUUUAAGUAUAUGACAUGGUCCUUGUACUUUAUAUUCCAUAAAUUGUCUAGACAACCAGGUCUGUAUGUACUUUGCUCAGAGAAAAAUGUGUUAUUCUUAUAUGUGUGAGAAUUAUGUAUCGAUAUUGUUUGCUGUAACUGACAAUCACCGUGUUUAUCUGUAAUUGCUUUUAUAUCCAAAACUGAACAGUUAAGAUUAAUUAAAUAGUUGCUACCUCAGUCGAACACUUACAGAUAUAUACAUAGAAAAACGUAAAAUACGGGAUGUAUAUUUAUGUAUAGAAGUGAAUGGAUGGAGUAGUCAGGUGUAUGACUGAUAAAUACCUCUGUGCUGCUGCUAUGACAUUUGUUUAAAUGAUUUUCUUCCUUUUUUUCAGUUUCCAGAUGAUUUAAAGAUGCAUAUAUUAUACAGAUAUACUGAGUAUUGUUUCCUAACUUUUAAGGCAAACAUGAUUUCACAAAAAAUGUUGUCAAGUACAAAAUAUGUAUCAUCUUUGCCAGUGCCAUUUUUUGUGUGUAUCAUAUAACAUGACAC